CCAUUUUCUGUUCUUUUCUUUGGCUUCUUAUUUUCAUCAGCUAAUCCUAAGCUGAAACGCAUGGCUUUACUAGUAACUCAAUCUUUUCUCUGCCAAACCCAUUUCUCUGCUCUUCCAAGACCAACACCCUUCAGUUCCAUCCCUCCUUCACUAUCCCUUUCUCAUCCCCAGCCCGGUCUCUAUCCUUACAAACCAUGUCCCACAACCCCGUUUUCUAUCCACCAGUCCAUGCCCAUUGUAUGCCGCGCGUCUCGCCGCAAGUCCACCGCCUUGAGUUCCACCUCGGAAGGAAGUCAUCAGUAUGAUCGUCUUCGGCGAGUCCUUCAGCUGGCUCUGUGGACUGCCGAGGCUGUUUACAUCUUGUGGCUCUUUUUGCUUCCUUAUGCCCCUGGAGAUCCUGUAUGGGCCAUCAGUUCGGACACAAUAAACGCUCUCAUCGGCCUUUCUCUCAAUUUCUUCUUCAUUUUGCCUUUGACCAAUGCUGUUGGCAUUCGUCUGAUUGAUGCCCCAGUCCUUCACCCUAUGUCUGAGGGAUUAUUCAACUUUGUUAUGGGUUGGACGCUGAUGUUUGCUCCAUUGCUAUUCUCUGAUUGUAAGAGAGACAGAUACAAAAGUUCCCUCGAUGUUCUAUGGGGUCUGCAGAUGUUUCUCACCAACACAUUCUUAAUUCCUUACAUGGCGAUCCGGCUGAACGAAGCUGAUGCAGAUAGCCGUCCCAGGGAACUCUCUCCACUAGGCUCGGCAAUGACGAAUGGUGCAGCCCCAGUGGGAAUAAUCGGUGGGGCUGUAUGUCUGUUAUCUGUGAUAUGGAGUAUUUAUGGUCGAAUUGAUGGUGAUUUUGGAAACAUAACAGAUAGAUGGCAGUAUUUGGUAAGUUAUUUGGGUUCAGAAAGGCUGGCUUAUGCAUUCAUUUGGGACAUAUGUCUUUACACAAUCUUCCAGCCUUGGUUGAUUGGUGAGAACCUACAAAAUGUUGAGAAAAGCAGAGUAAGUGUAGUGAGUUAUCUUAGAUUUAUCCCUGUCAUUGGCUUAGUUGCUUAUCUUCUCUUUUUAGAUGUUGACAGGGAACAAUAGAUUUAAAGGCUUGAGUCGCCUUGAACAUCUUAAUGUAUGAAGAGAAGAAUUGUGCAGCUCUAUUCGCUAUAAAAGAGAAUAAAUGAACUUGUCCCAA